CGCGUCUUCUCCCUCAGACCACCAACUCCAUACGAGUGGAGAGUUGAGAUCUCACAGCUCCUCUCAAACUUACUUUCUCUAAUGUUCAACCCUUGUGCUUCUUGUAAAAAAAUGCUUCUACGAAGCUCUUCAACGCCGAUACUGAAUUCGUGGAUACCAAACGCGAAAGAGUCGUCUUCACCGGAGCUAGAAACACUUCACCAAAUACAAAGAUCUAAAUCCAUCACAUUAACAGCUUCGUCUCCAACUCCUCAAUUUUCUCCUCCACAAAGCGAUGAUUCUUUUAAAAUUAUGACGAGAGCGCUCUCAGAGACCGAUCUUCGAAGCUGUACUGUGCCGCCCUUGCCAAAGAAGAGACUGUCCAACACAUUUAUCAGUGGAGUGGCAGUCGCGGAGGAAGACGAAAUCGGCACGGCGGCUUUGGAUUGUAGUUUGUUUUCGAAUUCUGGAUUAGCGAGUGAAGAGGGUGACGCUCGUGUUAUGGUAGGUGGUGGAGUGUACGGUGGUGGCGGGAAGAUGUGUGGUGGUGGUGGCAGUGGAUCGAACGGUGGAAGUGGAGAUGGAAGGUGGGAGUCAAAUAAUAAUGGAAAUGAUAAAACUGAUGUUUAUUAUCAGAAGAUGAUCGAAGCUAAUCCUGGAAAUCCGCUACUUCUUAGUAACUAUGCCAGAUAUUUGAAAGAGGUUCGCGCGGACUUCGUGAAGGCAGAGGAGUAUUGCGGGAGAGCAAUUUUGGCAAACCCAAAUGAUGGAAAUGUUUUGUCUAUGUAUGCGGAUUUGAUAUGGCGGAGUCAUAAGGAUGCUCCUCGAGCCGAAGCUUAUUUUGAUCACGCUGUAAAGCUACUCCUGAUGCUGGUGGAAUCAUCUUUAAAUUUUAUAAAUCUCUGA